AUGUCUGGAAGACGUGACUUUCUCAGCCAGCCUGCGCCAGAAAACUAUGUAGCUGGUCUAGGUCGUGGUGCAACUGGAUUCACAACGCGAUCGGAUCUUGGACCAGCGCGAGAAGGGCCCAGCGAGGAUCAAAUAAAAGAAGCACUCGCAAAAAGAGCUGCGCAACUUGGAGCUGCACCACCUACUGCAUACGGUGCGCCCGAGAAGAAAGAAGAAGACGAUGAUGAUCCACGAUUUCAGGAUCCGGAAAAUGAGGUCGGCUUAUUCGCUGGAGGCGCAUACGACAAAGAUGAUGAUGAGGCGGAUAGGAUAUACCAGGAGGUAGAUGAGAAGAUGGACAGGCGGCGGAAAGUUAGAAGGGAAGCACGAGAACAAGCAGAACGAGAAGAAUACGAGCGAAAUAAUCCAAAGAUUCAACAACAGUUUGCGGAUUUAAAACGAGCGUUAGGCACGGUUAGCGACGAGGAUUGGGCAAAUUUACCAGAAGUUGGAGAUUUGACGGGGAAGAAUCGAAGAAGCAAGCAGGCGUUAAGACAGAGGUUUUAUGCUGUACCUGAUAGUGUUAUUGCUGGUGCGCGCGAUUCUUCGGAGCUGGGCACUUCAAUCGCAGAUGAUGGAAACUCUGGUAGUGGAGAUAAUCCUGAUGGAGCCAUGACGAAUUUCGCCGAUAUUGGAGCAGCCCGAGACAAGGUGUUGAAGGUCAGAUUGGAUCAAGCAUCUCAGGGUUCUGGUAUAGACUCUGUUGCUGGUAGUGCAACAAAUAUCGACCCCAAAGGAUACCUCACCAGUUUAGCGAAAUCGCAAAUCAAUGAGGGAGAAGCUCAAGUCGGUGAUAUCAAGCGAGUCCGGGUUCUGCUGGAGUCUGUUAUCAGAACAAAUCCCAAACAUGCGCCUGGUUGGAUUGCAGCUGCGAGACUUGAGGAGUUGGCUGGAAAGACUGUAGCUGCGAGAAAUGUCAUUGCACGUGGAUGUGAAUUCUGUCCGAAAAGCGAGGAUGUAUGGCUGGAGAACAUUCGACUAAAUGACAACCACAAUGCGAAGAUUAUCGCCUCUAACGCAAUUCAAAAGAAUGAUCGCUCGGUGCGCUUAUGGGUGGAAGCUAUGAAACUUGAAUCCGAAUCACGAGCUAAAAAGUCGGUCUUACGAAAAGCUUUAGAUCACAUCCCUCAGUCUGUCAUGUUAUGGAAAGAAGCUGUCAAUCUUGAGGAAGAUCCUGCUGAUGCUCGACUUCUCCUCGCAAAGGCAACCGAAAUUAUCCCACUAUCCGUCGAGCUCUGGUUAGCAUUGGCGCGUCUAGAGACAUCCGACAACGCAAAGAAGGUUCUCAACAAGGCUCGUAAAGCUAUCCCAACUUCUCAUGAAAUCUGGAUUGCAGCGGCGCGACUUCAAGAACAGAUAGGCAAUGCUGGUAAAGUCAAUGUAAUGAAGCAUGCUGUUCAGGCCCUUGCUGAGAAAUCUGCUAUGUUGAAGCGAGAAGAAUGGAUUACGGAAGCGGAGAAAUGCGAGGAUGAAGGUGCCAUCUUGACUUGUGGAAAUAUCAUCCGGGAAACUCUUGGUUGGAGUUUAGAUGAGGACGAUGAUCGUAAAGAGAUUUGGAUGGAAGACGCCAAAUCAAGCAUUAACCGUGGCAAGUAUGAGACCGCUCGAGCUAUGUAUGCAUACGCUUUAAGAGUCUUUGUCAACAGCAGAAAGUUAUGGCUGGCUGCUGCGGAUCUCGAGAAAAAUCAUGGGACGAAGGAAGCUCUUUGGCAACUUCUCGAAAAGGCAGUAGAAGCAUGUCCUCAGAGUGAGGUUCUGUGGAUGAUGCUUGCAAAAGAGAAAUGGCAAGCCGGAGAGAUUGAUAACGCACGAAGAGUCCUUGGAAGAGCCUUCAACCAAAACCCAAACAACGAAGACAUCUGGCUUGCAGCCGUCAAACUCGAAGCCGAAAACAACGAACCAGAACAGGCCCGUGAACUCCUCAAAACCGCCCGACAAGAAGCCCCUACUGACCGCGUCUGGAUGAAGAGCGUAGCCUACGAACGUCAACUCGGCAACCCAGAAGCAGCCCUCGACCUCGUAAAUCAAGCCCUACAACUCUUCCCCGCCGCCCCCAAACUCUGGAUGAUGAAAGGUCAAAUCUACGACGCCGACGGCAAAACCCCUCAAGCCCGCGAAGCCUACAGCACCGGCACGAAAGCCUGUCCCCGCUCCGUUCCCCUCUGGCUUCUCUACUCCCGUCUCGAAGAACGGCUUGGCGCCCUCGUCAAGGCCCGCAGUGUCCUCGACCGCGCCCGUCUCGCCGUCCCCAAGUCCCCGCAACUCUGGACAGAAUCCGUGCGUAUCGAGCGGCGCGCUAAUAACAUCACCCAAGCUAAAGUCCUUAUGGCGAAAGCCCUACAAGAGGUCCCUAAUUCCGGCCUGUUGUACUCCGAGAGUAUAUGGUAUCUGGAGGCGCGCACGCAGCGGAAACCGCGCGCCUUGGAGGCGAUUAAGAAGGUUGAUAAUGAUCCGAUAUUGUUCGUGACGAUUGCGAGGAUUUUCUGGGGCGAACGACGGCUGGAGAAGGCGCAGAAUUGGUUUGAGAAGGCGGUGGUGCUGGAUAGUGAUUUGGGGGAUACGUGGGCUUGGUAUUUUAAGUUUUUGAUGCAGCAUGGGACGGAUGAGAAACGAGCAGAUGUCAUUGCCAAAUGUAUACUCAGUGAACCGCGACAUGGGGAGUUCUGGCAGGCUAUAGCUAAGGAUCCGAAGAAUGCAAAAAUGGGCACGGAGGAGGUUCUUAAAGCUGUGGUUGCCAGGUUGGAGUAG